CCACGAACCCUGCACCAAACGAAACUGCGGAAUCAAAACAAAGCUCUACAAAUAGUGACUGCGUUCGCAACAAUAUCGGGAUUUAAUUCGUUUUUCUACAAUAAAACAAAAUGUAUUCCAUUGCAUACGGUGGUGAGUUGCUGCAGUUGCCGGUAAGAAGUGAAGGCGAGUGCAACAUACCGCUCGCAAUCGAGCGUUGGACGGGUCUGCUACCAUCGGAGUACUACUGCACCCAGAACGGACGCCGUGUAUCAGCCGCCGAUCAUGGCAAUCUCGUUCCGGAAGUUCCGCUGCGCGUCUGCGAGCGACUUCCGGGCGGAAAGGGUGGUUUCGGUUCGAUGCUGCGAGCCAUCGGUGCACAGAUCGAGAAAACCACCAACCGAGAGGCUUGCCGGGACCUGAGUGGACGCCGACUGCGCGAUAUCAACGAGGAGAAACGGCUCAAAGCGUACCUGGAGAAGCAACAGGAAGCGGAAGACAAUGAACGGGUCAAGGCGGAACGAAAGAUUGCGAAGCUGCUGUCCAAGCCGAAGCACGAGUUUCAUGAUAAAGAGUACGAGCACGCCCGGAGUGAGCUGGUUGUGGCGGCCGACGAAGCGAUCGAGGAGGGAUUGCAGAAGGCAAUCGUGCUAGAGAUGGAACAGGCGGUGAAGGAUGCAGUGACGGCUGAAGUGGCUGCAACAGCCAACACGGCUGCUGACACGCAGGCCAAAGACAGUCGCAAAAGGAAGCUGCCGGAUACGAAGUCCAAGAAGGCACCAGCGAAGAAAGGCGCCCUGUGGUUAGGUGUGGGAGAUCUGAGUUCUUCCAGCGAGACGGAUGACGAUUCAACGGACGAGAGUAGUGAUGGCGCGAUGGCGAAGGGAAAACUGGUUGCGGUGUGAGAUAUUAAUAGGAAAUUGUUAUUAUCAAAUCAUUCACCAUUUUUUUAGAUGACUAUUUGUGUAUGGAUAAAUCUAUAAAUGGUACUUUAUUUGUAACUUUUCUAUAUUCCCUCAUGUAGAGAUUAAUUAAGACGAGAAUAUACGUUACGAUGUACAUAAAGUUGCCGUUGUAAUUGUGUAAAGCUUGUGAAGAAUAAAAACAAACUUAAGAAGGAUAAUCAUAGAUAGUUUUAUUAUCAUUCUGUAUUUAAAAUACGAAAUAUUUACUUUUUUCGGAUUCUGUAGAUCAAUUGUAACGCCAAUCCGUAGCUCACAAGUAACGCAACAGUAACGCAAGUGGUUUGUGUCAUGGAAAAUCCACCAGAGGGCGCCACGCACCACGCGAGAGAAUCUGCACGUGUCCGUGCACGUGCUGCAGAAUUUAAUUCCUCCACCGAAGUACUUUCAGCAUUAUUUAUAAAACAUUUAAACACUUUGUUUUUUUUGUUCUUAAAGUUCUGGUUUAUUAGGCAAUAACUUAUCCGUUUACAAUUACAUUUAAACAAAACAUAUAUUAUUGUAUACUUUCAAUAAUUUACGACCUUCGGUGCGUGGUAAAUGAUUUCACAAACUAAAACACAAGAGAAACGCAAAAAAUAAAUGGUUCAAAGCCCUGGAUGAAAAAAAA